AUGGUUUCAAUGGAGGUUGCCAGCCGCUCAGGCGGUGCCAUGACGCAAUUGCUGCGACGCUCUGGUCCUAACGCUAUCCGAUCGACUGCCGUUCUUUCUUCCAACAAGAACUCACGAAGGAACUUUUCUACCGCCAAGUCCCUCCCACCCACCUACGAGAAGCUCUACACCAAGUACACUGAUGUUCGUCGUGUGCUCGGCAAGCAGCGUUUGACUCUCGCUGAGAAGAUCCUCUACAGCCAUCUCGACAACCCCGAGGAGUCCCUGCUCAGCAACACUGAGAAUGGACGAGACAUCCGUGGCAAGGCCAACCUGCGCCUCAACCCUGACCGUGUCAACAUGCAGGACGCUUCCGCCCAGAUGGCUAUUCUUCAGUUCAUGUCCUGUAACCUCGCCAAGCCUGCUAUUCCCGCAAGCAUUCACUGUGACCACUUGAUUGUUGGAUCUAAGGGUGCUGAAGAUGAUUUGUCCGCUGGUAUUCAGACUAACAAGGAGGUUUUUGACUUCCUUGAGUCUGCGGCGCGCAAGUACGGAAUGGACUUCUGGCCUCCCGGAGCUGGUAUCAUUCAUCAGACUGUUCUUGAGAACUACGCCCUUCCUGGAUUGAUGAUGCUUGGUACCGAUUCUCACAGCCCCAACGCUGGUGGUCUUUCUACCAUUACUAUCGGUGUUGGAGGUGCCGAUGCUGUUGAGGCUCUUGUCGGUGCUCCUUGGGAACUUAAGGCUCCCAAGGUUCUCGGUGUGCACCUUGUUGGCAAGCUGAGUAACUGGGCCUCUCCCAAGGAUGUCAUUCUCCGUCUCGCUGGCCACCUUACUGUCCGUGGCGGUACAGGCUCCAUCAUUGAGUACUUUGGUGAGGGUGUUGACAGCCUAAGCGCAACUGGAAUGGCCACUAUCUGCAACAUGGGUGCUGAAGUUGGUGCCACUACCUCUAUCUUCCCCUACACACAGGCUUCAGCAAGAUACCUUGACUCUACUCGACGAUCGCAGGCAAACAAGAACAUUGAGGCUCUCGAGAGCUUUGCCAGCAACAGUUCUGACCCCGAUGCUCGAUGGCAGUUCAAGGCUGAUGAGGGCGCCGAAUAUGACGACCUUAUCACCAUCGACCUCUCCACUCUCGAGCCUCACAUUAAUGGACCUUUUACUCCCGAUCUGGCCACCCCCCUCUCCAAGUUCAAGGAGGUUGUUAAGGAGCAGGAAUGGCCUCAAGUCCUCUCUGCUGGCCUUAUCGGUAGCUGUACCAACAGUUCCUACGAGGAUAUGACCCGAGUCGAGAGCUUGCUCAAGGACGCCAAGCAGGCCGGUCUUAAGCCUGCUGCUGAUUUCUACAUCACCCCUGGAAGUGAGCAGAUCCGUGCUACUCUCGAGCGUGACGGCACCCUUGAGACUUUCCAAGAGGCUGGUGGUAUUGUUCUCUCUAACGCCUGUGGACCCUGUAUCGGCCAGUGGAAGCGACAGGAUGGCAUUGAGAAGGGUACCAGCAACGCUAUCUUGACCUCAUACAACCGAAACUUCCGCGGUCGUAACGAUGGCAACCCCGAUACCAUGAACUUCCUCGCUUCUCCCGAGAUCGUUACUGCCAUGGCUUUCGCUGGUUCUACCACCUUCAACCCUGUGACUGACAGCCUCAAGACCCCCGAUGGCAAGGACUUCAAGUUCUCACCACCCCACGGUCUCGAGGGUCCCCAGACCCCUUUCGAGUCUGGCAACGCUGAGUUGGGUGUUCUGUCCCAAGCCCCUGACCCUAACGCCAAGAUUGCCAUCUCUCCUACCUCUGAGCGUCUGGCCUUCCUCGAUCCCUUCCCUCCUUUCCCCUCAUCCGACCUCUCAGGCCUUCGCGUUCUCGUCAAGGUUACCGGCAAGUGCACCACUGACACUAUCUCUGCCGCUGGCCCUUGGCUCAAGUACAAGGGUCACCUGCCCAACAUCAGCACCAACACCCUCAACACCGCCAUCAACAAGGAGACUGGCGAGGUUAACGCCGCCUACGAUCUUGACGGUUCCAAGCACACCAUCCCCGAGCUUGGUCAACUCUGGAAAGACCGCGGCCAGGAGUGGCUGGUCGUUGCUGAGCACAACUAUGGCGAGGGUUCUGCCCGUGAGCACGCUGCCCUGCAGCCUCGCUACCUCGGUGCCCGUGUUGUCUUGACCAAGUCAUUCGCCCGUAUCCACGAGACCAACCUCAAGAAGCAGGGUGUCGUCCCUCUGACUUUCGAGAACGAGGCUGAUUACGACAAGAUCGCUGCUGGUGACGAAGUCGCCACUGUCGGUCUUUACGAGAUGCUCCAGAACGGCGGCAAGGGAGAUGUGCAGCUGCGCGUCACCAAGAGCUCUGGCGAGGAGAUUCUCAUUCCUACCAAGCAUGCCGUCACCAAGGAUCAGGCUGGAUUCAUCCUUGCUGGUAGUGCUCUUAACUUGCUGUCCAAGGGUAUUUAA